AGCACCACGUCAGGAGCUGUCCGCACCCCCGGUGCUGAACCAAGAUGGCCGGCGGCGGAGGCCGGGCCCCGGCGUGAGCUGAGCGCGGGCUGCAGCCCCGGCCAUGCCCCAGCCCAGUGGCCGCUAAGCAACACCUGACAGAGCCGGCCCGCCGGCGACCCCGGAGACAUGUCUCUACUUUGCGUUGGAGUCAAAAAAGCCAAGUUUGAUGGUGCCCAAGAGAAAUUCAACACGUAUGUGACCCUGAAGGUGCAAAAUGUCAAGAGCACGACCAUCGCGGUGCGGGGCAGCCAGCCCAGCUGGGAACAGGAUUUCAUGUUUGAGAUUAACCGCCUGGAUUUGGGGUUGACGGUAGAGGUGUGGAACAAGGGUCUCAUCUGGGACACAAUGGUGGGCACGGUGUGGAUUCCCCUGCGGACCAUCCGCCAGUCCAACGAAGAGGGCCCUGGAGAGUGGCUAACACUGGACUCUCAGGUCAUCAUGGCGGACAGCGAGAUCUGCGGCACCAAGGACCCCACCUUCCACCGCAUCCUCCUUGACACCCGCUUCGAGCUGCCUUUGGACAUCCCUGAGGAGGAAGCGCGCUACUGGGCCAAGAAGCUGGAGCAGCUGAACGCCAUGCGGGACCAGGAUGAGUAUUCGUUCCAAGAGGAACAAGACAAGCCUCUCCCCGUCCCCAGCAACCAGUGUUGCAACUGGAAUUAUUUUGGCUGGGGUGAACAGCAGAAUGAUGACCCUGACAGCGCGGUGGACGAUCGCGACAGCGACUAUCGCAGCGAGACAAGCAACAGCAUCCCGCCACCCUAUUACACCACAUCCCAGCCCAAUGCCUCAGUUCACCAGUACUCUGUCCGCCCACCACCCCUGGGCUCCCGGGAAUCUUACAGCGACUCCAUGCACAGUUAUGAGGAGUUCUCCGAGCCGCGGGCCCUCAGCCCCACCGGCAGCAGUCGCUACGCCUCCUCGGGGGAACUGAGCCAGGGCAGCUCGCAGCUGAGCGAGGACUUCGACCCGGACGAGCAGAGCCUGCAGGGCUCCGAGAUAGAGGACGAGCGGGACCGGGACUCCUACCACUCGUGCCACAGCUCGGUCAGCUACCACAAGGACUCGCCGCGCUGGGACCAGGAUGAGGAGGAGCUGGACGAGGAGCUGGACGAGGAGCUGGAGGACUUCCUGGAGGAGGAGGAGGAGGAGGACGAGGAGCUGGAGGAGGAGGAGGAGCUGCCUGACGAGGAGGAGGAGCUGGAGGAGGAGGAGGAGGUGCCUGAUGACAUCCGGAGCUACGCCCAGCGGGAGGAGGUGGCCGUGGCUGAGCCCAAAGACUUCAAGCGUGUCAGCCUGCCACCGGCCGCAGCUGAGAAGGAGGAUAGGCCUCCGGCCGGGCCUGCUGAGGCCCCCGACGUGGCCAAGGCGGCCCCUGGGCCAGCCGCACUGGAGGAGGUGCCCACAGCGGAGCGGGCCCCUGAGCCGGAGCCCCCCAAGUCUGAGGAGAGUUUCAGGCGACGAGAGGAUGAGGAAGGCCAGGAGGGUCAGGACUCCGUGUCCAGGGCCAAGGCCAACUGGCUUCGAGCCUUCAACAAAGUGCGGUUGCAGCUGCAGGAGGCCCGAGGAGAAGGAGAGAUGUCCAAAUCCCUAUGGUUCAAAGGCGGCCCUGGCGGUGGCCUCAUCAUCAUUGACAGCAUGCCGGACAUCCGCAAGAGGAAGCCCAUUCCACUCGUGAGCGACCUGGCCAUGUCCCUGGUCCAGUCCAGAAAAGCGGGCAUCACCUCCGCCUUGGCCUCCAGCACUUUGAACAACGAGGAGCUGAAAAACCACGUUUACAAGAAGACCCUGCAAGCCUUAAUCUACCCCAUCUCCUGCACGACGCCGCACAACUUCGAGGUGUGGACGGCCACCACGCCCACCUACUGCUAUGAGUGCGAGGGGCUGCUGUGGGGCAUCGCGCGGCAGGGCAUGCGCUGCACGGAGUGCGGCGUCAAGUGCCACGAGAAGUGCCAGGACCUGCUCAACGCAGAUUGCCUGCAGCGGGCUGCAGAGAAGAGCUCCAAGCACGGGGCGGAGGACCGGACGCAGAACAUCAUCAUGGUGCUCAAGGACCGCAUGAAGAUCCGGGAGCGGAACAAACCUGAGAUCUUCGAGCUCAUCCAGGAGAUCUUCGCCGUGACCAAGACCGCGCAUACGCAGCAGAUGAAGGCGGUCAAGCAGAGCGUGCUGGACGGCACGUCCAAGUGGUCGGCCAAGAUCAGCAUCACUGUGGUCUGUGCCCAGGGCUUGCAGGCAAAGGACAAGACGGGAUCCAGUGACCCCUAUGUCACUGUCCAGGUUGGGAAGACCAAGAAACGGACGAAAACCAUCUAUGGGAACCUGAACCCUGUGUGGGAGGAGAACUUCCACUUUGAAUGUCACAACUCCUCAGACCGAAUCAAGGUGCGUGUCUGGGACGAGGAUGAUGACAUCAAAUCCCGUGUGAAGCAGCGGUUUAAGAGGGAAUCCGAUGACUUCCUGGGACAGACGAUCAUCGAGGUGCGGACACUCAGCGGCGAGAUGGACGUGUGGUACAACCUGGACAAGCGGACUGACAAAUCCGCUGUAUCAGGUGCCAUCCGGCUACACAUCAGUGUGGAGAUCAAAGGCGAAGAAAAGGUGGCCCCCUACCAUGUCCAGUACACUUGUCUACACGAGAACCUGUUCCACUUCGUGACAGACGUGCAGAACAAUGGGGUUGUGAAGAUCCCAGAUGCCAAGGGUGAUGACGCCUGGAAGGUUUACUAUGAUGAGACAGCCCAGGAGAUUGUGGAUGAAUUUGCCAUGCGCUACGGCGUCGAGUCCAUCUACCAAGCCAUGACCCACUUUGCCUGCCUCUCCUCCAAGUACAUGUGUCCCGGGGUGCCCGCCGUCAUGAGCACCCUUCUCGCCAACAUCAAUGCCUACUACGCGCACACCACCGCCUCCACCAACGUGUCCGCCUCUGACCGCUUCGCUGCCUCCAACUUUGGGAAAGAGCGCUUUGUCAAGCUUCUGGACCAGCUGCACAACUCCCUUCGGAUCGACCUCUCCAUGUAUCGGAAUAACUUCCCAGCCAGCAGCCCAGAGAGACUCCAGGACCUCAAAUCCACUGUGGACCUUCUCACCAGCAUCACCUUCUUUCGGAUGAAGGUGCAAGAACUCCAGAGCCCACCCCGAGCCAGCCAAGUGGUGAAAGAUUGCGUGAAAGCCUGCCUCAACUCUACUUAUGAGUACAUCUUCAACAACUGUCAUGAACUCUAUAGCCGGGAAUACCAGACAGAUCCGGCUAAGAAAGGAGAAGUUCCCCCAGAGGAACAGGGACCCAGCAUCAAGAACCUUGACUUCUGGUCCAAGCUGAUCACUCUCAUAGUGUCCAUCAUUGAGGAAGACAAGAAUUCAUACACUCCCUGCCUCAACCAGUUUCCCCAGGAGCUGAACGUGGGUAAAAUCAGUGCUGAAGUGAUGUGGAACCUGUUUGCCCAGGACAUGAAGUAUGCCAUGGAGGAGCAUGACAAGCAUCGCCUGUGUAAGAGUGCUGACUACAUGAACCUACACUUCAAGGUCAAGUGGCUAUAUAACGAGUAUGUGGCAGAGCUUCCUGCCUUCAAGGACCGCGUGCCUGAGUACCCUGCGUGGUUUGAGCCCUUUGUCAUCCAGUGGCUGGAUGAGAAUGAGGAGGUGUCCCGGGAUUUCCUGCAUGGGGCCCUGGAGCGAGACAAGAAGGAUGGGUUCCAGCAGACCUCAGAGCAUGCUCUGUUCUCCUGCUCCGUGGUGGACGUCUUCUCCCAGCUCAACCAGAGCUUUGAGAUCAUCAAGAAACUCGAGUGCCCUGACCCCCAGAUCGUGGGGCACUAUAUGAGGCGCUUUGCCAAGACCAUCAGUAAUGUGCUCCUCCAGUAUGCAGACAUCAUCUCCAAGGACUUCGCCUCUUACUGCUCCAAGGAGAAGGAGAAAGUGCCCUGCAUCCUCAUGAACAACACUCAGCAGCUCCGAGUGCAGCUGGAGAAGAUGUUCGAAGCCAUGGGAGGAAAAGAGCUGGAUGCUGAGGCCAGUGACAUCUUGAAGGAGCUCCAGGUGAAACUCAACAAUGUCUUGGACGAGCUCAGCCGGGUGUUUGCUACCAGCUUCCAGCCACACAUCGAGGAGUGUGUCAAGCAGAUGGGUGACAUCCUCAGCCAGGUGAAGGGCACGGGCAACGUGCCAGCCAGUGCCUGCAGCAGCGUGGCCCAGGAUGCUGACAAUGUACUGCAACCCAUCAUGGAUCUGCUGGACAGCAACCUGACUCUCUUUGCCAAAAUCUGCGAGAAGACGGUGCUGAAGCGGGUGCUGAAGGAGUUAUGGAAGCUGGUCAUGAACACCAUGGAGAAGACCAUCGUCUUGCCACCCCUCACCGACCAGACGAUGAUCGGCACCCUCUUGAGAAAACAUGGCAAGGGAUUAGAAAAGGGCAGGGUGAAAUUGCCAAGCCACUCAGAUGGAACCCAGAUGAUCUUCAAUGCAGCCAAAGAACUGGGUCAGCUGUCUAAACUCAAGGACCACAUGGUACGAGAAGAAGCCAAGAGCUUGACCCCGAAGCAGUGUGCAGUAGUUGAGCUGGCCCUGGACACCAUCAAGCAAUACUUCCACGCAGGUGGCGUGGGCCUCAAGAAGACCUUCCUGGAGAAGAGCCCAGACUUGCAGUCCCUGCGCUACGCCCUGUCCCUCUACACGCAGGCCACCGACCUGCUCAUCAAGACCUUCGUGCAGACGCAAUCGGCCCAGGUCCAUGGUGGAAAAGGGACUAGGUUUACCCUUAGUGAAGACAUUUAUCCUGAGAAGGGCUCGGGUGUGGAAGACCCUGUGGGUGAAGUUUCAGUCCACGUCGAGCUCUUCACUCAUCCGGGAACCGGGGAGCACAAGGUCACUGUGAAAGUGGUGGCGGCCAAUGACCUCAAGUGGCAGACUUCGGGCAUUUUCCGGCCAUUCAUCGAGGUCAACAUCAUCGGGCCCCAGCUCAGCGACAAGAAACGCAAGUUUGCAACCAAAUCCAAGAACAACAGCUGGGCCCCCAAGUACAACGAGAGCUUCCAGUUCACGCUGAGCGCGGACGCGGGCCCGGAGUGCUACGAGCUGCAGGUGUGCGUCAAGGACUACUGCUUCGCGCGCGAGGACCGCACGGUGGGGCUGGCCGUGCUGCAGCUGCGGGAGCUGGCCCAGCGCGGGAGCGCCGCCUGCUGGCUGCCACUGGGUCGCCGCAUCCACAUGGACGACACGGGCCUCACAGUGCUGCGCAUCCUGUCACAGCGCAGCAACGACGAGGUGGCCAAGGAGUUCGUCAAGCUCAAGUCGGACACGCGCUCCGCCGAGGAGGGGGGCGCGGCGCCUGCGCCCUAGCGCGGGGCACGCGGGCGGGCAGCACUGCGCCUGCGCGCGGGGCGGGGCGCCGUCUGUGCGCUGGGACCUCCCAGAGGCCGAGUCUCCGGGCCCUGUGCGGAGGGCUGAGUGCGCCUGCGCCCUUGACUUAGCUCCCACCUCUAGGGACUGGUGAACGGACGACGCCCCGCCCCCUCGAGCAGCCACGCCCUAGGGCGCGAUGAAGGAAGAAGCCACAUCCCCUACUAGAAGCCAAGUCCCCCCGCGCCUAGGGGACCUUUCGAGCUGGGAUGGGAGGGAGUCCUGCCCCCCUGUGGAGGAGGCCAGGUCCUGGGGCUCUGGUACGGGGAGACCCUGCCUCCUGUCCCCUGGAAAAGCCAUAAGAUGGGUCCCCAAAUCCUGGGGCCCAAGACCAAUUGCCAAGUAUGGAACUCUCAGCUCCCUGGAGGGGCGGGCCCUGGGCAAGGGGCGGGGCUUCCUAGAGCGCCCCCUGGGGUGGUCUAGGGGUUGGAGGCACUAGAAAGCUGGUUGGAGGGCCCAGGUUGGACCAGAGUGUCUUUUCAUGUUUGUGCAAAAAAUAAACAGGGAGGGAGGGGAGGAUGGGAUUUCAAAAGCACAUGCGCCCUCGGGCGCCCAAACCCUGGGGGCCAAGUGGACGGCUCUGAAGCACCCGCACUGCCCCCACUUCCCCAUGGGGGUUUGCCUCUCCUUUUCCCCCAACGUACCCAUCCUCCUAGCAUAGAGUUUAACCCACCCGUUUAACAGAUGGCAAAACUGCGGCCCAGAGAGCGAGACUUUGCUGAAGGUCCCAGUGCCACACCUUCUCCCCACUCCCUUUGGCCUGUGUGCCCCAUCUAAGGGUGGGCUGAAAUCGGAUGACCCGACACAGCUCCCCAUUGCUGCUAACCCCUCCUCAGGGGACCUCCCCCAUUCCUUACAAGGGAUGGGGGUUCUGGGCCAAGGCCCCCACUGCCCCCUCCCACGGCUGGCUGCCAAGCAAGACCCCAGCCCUCAGCCCUUCCCCUGGGACCCUAUGGGAAGAUUCCCUGAGAACUCUUGACCUCCCACCAAGAAAGAGUGAGGGUUUGGGACUCCCUGGACCCAGGCACCGCCCCCCACCCCCACCCCCUUCUUCCUCUCCCAGAAUUCUCCAGGCAGGCGAGAAAGAGACCAGAAACUCUAGGUGUGUGUAUAUAUGUGUGUGUGUGUAAAUAUACCAACAUGCUCGGAGCUUAGUCUCCAAAAUCUCAUUCAUUCAUUCAGGCACCGUGCCACAGGAUACCCCCAGGAGGGGCCUCCACCUGCCUGAAGCUCUUCCUCCAGCAGGCGUUGGUGGGGCCAUCUGGCCAGAGUCGAGUUUCCCCCAUUUUAGCUCACGGAGACAGAAUCUUUUGGUAAAGGUUGUCACGGCUUGUCUUUGCCCAGAAUCUGCUUUUCCAUGUUGGACGGGUGCUUAUGGGCCGUUUGCUUUUCCUGCCAGAUUGACCAAGCACCAGAGGGAACCGUAGGUGCGGAGGCUGCGGUGGGCAGGUUUAGAAGCGCAGCGAGGUCACUGUGCCUGGCGAGGGGGACCACAGGGAGAAGGUGCUGAUGUCGGGGAGACCUGCAGGGAUAUCAGAUCGGGCGGGGCCUUGUAUACUGCUCUGGGGAGUUCUGAUUUUACCCGAAGAGAUUUGGGGAGCCCCAGGAGAUCUUAAAGCUGAGAACAGUCUGGAUUUCAGGCGUCAGAAGCUCCCUCUGGCUACCUCAUGGAGAAUGGACCAAUGCAGUUUGGGGGAGAGAGAGAGUGCUUUCGGGAUAUUGAAAUGAAUUCCUGGAAAGAUUUUGGGAGAUAGAGUAAAAGGAAAAAACCAAAACCCACCCCUUAGACGAGGCCAGGGCCGAUGGGUACAGUUGUUCCUGCUGUGCACUGGCCAAGGGUCUGGCAUUUCUAAGGAGGCCAGGUGCAAAUCCUAGGUGCUGGGGGUUGUGUGUUUAUCCUGAUGGUUUCCCGGCACGUGGACAAGGGAGAAGUGGCACCAUUUCCUGCGUUACCUGGAGGUGCUGCAUGUGUCCCCUGAGUUUCGGCAGCUGUGGGUGACUGAAGGUUCUGAACCAGAGGUUGAGAUGCAAGUUCUCAUACAGGACAGCGGGGGAGGGGCAGGGGCCAGGGGCAGGCUGGGAGGUGGCAAGGGGGGAGCUGAGAAUCUCUGUCACAUGGACUGAGGGGCAGAUUUUAAAUUUUGGCCACGGGGGUAGGGGGGUGGGAGUGAGGUGGAUUGAGAACACCAGCCAACAGCCAAAGGGGAGGUAACGUGACUUGGGGUGAGCCCUGCGGGAUUUAUGGGUGACCAGCAAGAAAAGGGGGAGCUGAGCUUCUGUCUGAGCGAGCCAACUUAUUUCCCAAAAGAUCCUUGGGAGUCUCUGGUCAAGGCCUGCGUGUGUGUGCGUGUAUGUAUGAGCGUGCGCGCACCUGCGUGUGUGUGUGUGUGUGUGUGUGUGUGUCCAGUUCCCCAGCACCAGCCCAGGCACAUGGAGGGAGCUUCAGGGAGUAUUUGUUGAAUGAUUUUUUUUUUUUCCCUGACUCCCAGGCUAGAGCUGUUUUAGAAAUUUCCUCCCUCUUCUUUCCCCCAGGGGACUCCUAUUUAUCCCUCAAGACUCAUCCCCAAUAUCCUGUCCUGUAGAAAACCCUCCCUGCUCCUCCUCAGGACUUCCCCAGCCCCCGUUCCCACCCCUCUGUCCCUGAUGUCAUGGGACAGGCCCUGUUCCCCCCCCGGACUGGGGUCUGAGGCCUCUUGACAGCCCCAAGUUCACCCAGCACAGACCGGGCACAGGGGGAUGACGGAAGGGUAUGCCUAGUUGAACGGUCUUGGGGUGGAGGGUCCGCCUGCGUGUCUAUCCAUGUCUGGCCAUACCAACCGUCCCCUCCCACAUAGACCUGGGCACACAGAAGGCAUUCCAGCCAGCCUGUGACUGGGUCGCAGGACACACGGGGGGGAGAGAGGACGAGAGCAGACGAGGAGGAGAGAGGAAAGGAAAGGAGUCUAGGAGGCCCGAAGCCUCUGGAACUAGGAAGUUCCUGUAUUGGAACAAGGCUCAGAGAGGAGCAGGGUUUUCCCCAAGGCCACUCACCACCUCACCUGGGGUGGCCCGAAGUUCUGAGCCUGGUGGGGUCUAGGGGUUGUAUUCGGACCCAUUUCACGCCACGAUCUGGCCCUAGAUUUCCAGGGGUCAGGGAAAGGGUGGAGUAGGGCUGGCCCCUAGUCGGGUAGGGGGAGUGCGACAUUGUAUCUUGGACAGAGCCUAUCCCCUCUCCCCAUCCACCCCUCCCCCACAAGAGGGACAGUGUCCCAGAGUAAGGACACAGAGAAGAGGAGGGAAGGAGAGAGAGAGAAGGUAAGAGGACACAGAGAGACCUUGAGAUGGAGAGAGAGAGACUCGGAGAUGGGGAGAAAGGGGAAAUCAGGGAUCUAGAAGGAAGAGGAACCCACCGGUCUCUCUGGCUCUCCCCGGUCCAGCCUGGAAGGAUUUAUGUUACACGAGCAGGUGCCUGGCCUUGACCCGCAAUCCCUCUCAGGCUCCGGAGCCUGACACCUCACCGUGACCCCAUCAGAGAUGCAAAAAACUUAACACCCAACUAGAAAUCUUUGGGACCUCAGAGACCUUUCUGUCCCCCACACCCUGUGCUGUUCGUUUUGCAGAUGGGGACACUGAGGGGCGGGGCAGAGCAGGGACAGCCCAGAGUCGCCCCACACUCUGCCGCCCCGGUGGAGAGGGAGGGGAGCUCGCUGGGGGUUCGGGUUCGUAUCGCGACACCGCCUGCCCCCUGAACAUCCUUUCCUAAGAAUCGUCAAGGACCAAAGUCGUCUUCGCUGACACGUGUUGCUUUUCUCUUUGCCUUUUAUUUUUUUAAAGAGAGAAAUCAAGUUGACGGUGUCGAGUAAGACCUCCCCCUUCCCCAACCCCUGCCUCACCGCGGUGGCUCUCUCGAGACCCAGGUCACAGGCGGAGGGUCCCCUGCGCAUCCCAGGCCACACGGCCAGGGGACUCACGCUUCACCCCUGACCCCGGCACCCUGAGACCGCCCCUCCCCCCCAGACCCGGCCACGCAGUCCAGGGGGUUCAUUCCUCCACACACCUUCUCUUAGCAUGUGAUUGCAAAUGUGAAAUCAAAAUGCUGUUUGUUCGUUCGUUUGUUUUAAUUCCAUCCCGUUGGUCUGGCGUCGGCACAGAUGCCCCCAUCUCUCUGUAAAUACGUGACUUGGAACAAACAUUUAAAACCCAACGAGAAGCGGUCAUGAAUGCAUGGUGUUGAGAUGUUUUGCACUAUUCUGACUUUUUGGUCUCUGUAAAAAUAUUUUAUUAACAGCAGACAUUAAAAAAAAUAGAAAAAACGAAAAGCCUCA